UGGAAGUCCCGGGCAAAGGGGGUGUGGACAAUCUCUUGGCCCCCCGCCCCCCAAGAUUAAUAGUCUCCCUCAACUCUCCAACUGGGACAAGUUCUUAUCAGCCGAGUUCCUAAAGGAGGGCUGGUUGGGAACUGGUCCUCGCCGAAGGAUGGCUUAUCACAGGCACGCAGGGCCUGCCAGCUACACGGUGGGCACCAUGUCGGAGCGCUUCGACUGCCACUAUUGCCGCGACAACUUGCACGGGAAGAAGUACGUGCACAAGGAAGGCCGCCAUUGCUGCGUCAAGUGCUUCGAGAAGUUCUGCGCCAACACCUGUGCCGAGUGCAGGAAGCCGAUCGGAGCUGAUUCCAAGGAGUUGCAUUUUAAGAACCGCUACUGGCACGAAAACUGUUUCCGCUGCUUCAAGUGCUCCACGUCGCUGGUCAAUGAGCCCUUCAUGCUGAAGGAGCACAACAAAGUCUGGUGCAGCAAGUGCACUAUGGAUCAAGGCCCGCACUGCAAGGGCUGCCAAAAGCCCAUUGUGGCAGGUGACCAGAAUGUGGAAUACAAGAAGACGGUUUGGCACAAGGAGUGUUUCACCUGCAGCCAAUGCAAGCAGGUGAUUGGCACCGCCAGCUUCUUCCCCAAGGACGACGAGAUUUAUUGCACCUCCUGCCAUGAGCAGAAAUUCGCCAAGACCUGCGUGAAAUGCAAGCAGGCCAUCACCUGCGGAGGGGUCGCCUACCAGGAGAAGCUGUACCACGCCGAGUGCUUCGUCUGCUCCACUUGCUCCAAGAAACUCGGAGGGCAACGCUUCACGGCCGUGGAGGACCAUUUCUACUGCGUCGAUUGCUACAAGUCCUUUGUGGCCAAAAAAUGCAGAGGUUGCCAGAACCCCAUCACAGGCUUCGGGAAAGGCACCAACGUGGUGAGCCACGAAGGCCACUCCUGGCACGACUACUGUUUCAACUGCAAAAAGUGCUCCGUCCCGCUGGCCAACAAGCCCUUCGUCUUCCACGCCGAGCAAGUCUACUGCCCCACCUGCGCGAAGAAGCUGUAAGGGGAGGAGCCGGGGGCAAGGGGGCCUCGCCUCUCCCCUGGAGGGGUUCGAUCCUGCGACUCGCCUGCCCGCGUCGUAAGCUUUCCCAUCCCCGUCCUUACGAAGUGCCCGGCAUCUCCCCAACUACCCAGCUGACAGGCGGCGUUCAAUAAAAGCUCUGCCUUAGCAUCCUAAGUAGCGCUAACCUUGCUUAAACGUCCUGACAGUAAGAGCUGUUCGACAGUGGGAUUUGCUGCCAAACUAACCUCGCUUUAACUUCCUGACAGUAAGAGCUGUUCGACAGUGGGAUUUGCUGCCAAGGAGUGUGGUGGAGUCUCCUUCUUUGGAGGUCUUUAAGCAGAGGCUUGACAGGCAUAUGUCAAGAAUGCUUUCGUGGUGUUUCCUGCUUGGCAGGGGGUUGGACUGGAUGGCCCUUGUGGUCUCUUCCAACUCUAGGAUUCUAUGAUUCUAACUUCAAGAAAGAAGAUUCCACCUAAACAUUAGGAAGAACUUCCUGACAGUAAGAGCUGUUCGGCAGUGGGAUUUGCUGCCAAGGAGUGUGGUGGAGUCUCCUUCUUUGGAGGUCUUUAAGCAGAGGCUUGACAGGCAUAUGUCAAGAAUGCUUUCGUGGUGUUUCCUGCUUGGCAGGGGGUUGGACUGGAUGGCCCUUGUGGUCUCUUCCAACUCUAGGAUUCUAUGAAAAGCUCAACAACUCUGAGUUCAACCCCCUAAAAAAAUUGGUGGUUAUUAAAUAGUGGGUGGACGACACAGCGAUUCUUCAAGAAGCUCUUUAUUCGGGAGCCAGAACAGAACUGAACUGCAUUGCCGAGCUGGCCUGCUUUUAUAGAGGCUGGCUCAAACAAUGUAUCAAAGGAGGCUUUCAUGGUGUUUCCUGCUUGGCAGGGGGUUGGACUGGGUGGCCCUUGGGGUCUCUUCCAACUCUAUGAUUCUACGUCUUUUAAAAGCAGGAUAGUUGCUGAUUUCCUUGACAUCUCAUGGCGCCACCACCAAAAAAGCCCUCUGCUUGUAUUACACUGAAUCCUAGAGUGGGGUGGGGGCAAAAUGCUUGUGUGCUCUUCCAUCAUGUCACAAAUCCCACGAAAGCCAGGAAAAAACAGAGGAGGGUGAAAGGUUGUUUUCUGCUGCUCCAGAGAAGCGGACACGGAGCAAUGGAUUCAAACUACAAGAAAGAAGAUUCCACCUCAACAUUAGGAAGAACUUCCUGACAGUAAGAGCUGUUCGGCAGUGGAAUUUGCUGCCAAGUCUCCUUCUUUGGAGGUAUUUAAGCAGAGGCUUGACAGGCAUAUGUCAAGAAUGCUUUGAUGGUGUUUCGGGAGGGGCCCAGUCCACUGUCCCCCAGACCCUGUGGGGGGCUGGACUGUAUUUUUUUGGGGGGGGGGAAAGGGAUGAACAAAUUCCUAUGCCCCACAAAUUAAUAAAAGGACCCAUUCUACUCACGUGAAAACAAGCCCUAGGUCAGGCAUCCCCAAACUUUGGCCCUCCAGAUGUUUUGGACUACAUUUCCCAUCUUCCCCGACCACUGGUCCUGUUAGCUAGGGAUCAUGGGAGUUGUAGGCCAAAACAUCUGGAGGACCGCAGUUUGGGGAUGCCUGCCCUAGGUGAUAGUAUGUCAAUAUGCAGACCUUGUGUGUAUAUUUUUUUGGGGGGGGGGAACAAAUCCCUACGCCCCACAAAUCACUCAGAGGUUCAUUUUAAAGAAAAGGACCCAUUCGACUCACGUGAAAACAAGCUAGUAUGUGAAGACGCAGGUCUGAUCAAAACCACACAGACACGUCUCCAGAAAACCUCGCCUUCGCAGAUUAACGGAACAUAAAUGCAUCAAUGUGCAUUAAGGAAUCAAAUGCAAACGUUUAUGGCACGCCGUUUCUCCCGCCCAUUCUUCCCCGAUACUUGUACCUGUUAUCACAUCCCUUCCGGUGGAGUGUCUCAAGGGGGGAUUAAGGGAAGGGGCGUUACGGGAAGCAACACUGUAUAAAAAGUAAUAAACGUCUCCCGUUUGGGGGGUCUUCUCCUUUCCUCCUCGGGGAGACUGGCUUCGACCCUGCUGCCGCAGAAAUCUCAAAUAAAGAUCCAGCUUUGCUUCAA